AUGCCAGCAGCAAAGGGGGGAUGGAAUACCGAGCGUGGAAUAAGACAUCGUGCGAUGGCAACCUGCGCAACGGGGGAAGAGAAGGAUGGUAUCCGCGACCAGCAGGAGGCGACGGAAGGCAAGGGUGGGCUAGGAGAUCAUGCGGUGCUGAACUGCGGCGCAGAAGAAGAGGGUGAUGCCCACGACCAGCCGAAGUGGUACAAGAAGUGUGGUAAGCUCGUAAAGAGCCACGAGCAUUUGCAACGCAAGGCGACAGAAGGCAAGGGUGGGCUGAGACAUCGUGCGGUGCUUAACUGCGACGCGAAGAGGAAGAAAAUAUCCGCGACCAACCGAAGUGGCGUAAGUGAGUGUGGUAAGCCCGUAAAGAGCCUCAAGCAUUUUAAUCCACGCAAGGACCACAGAAGGAAGGCAAUGGUUGAGAUUUCAUGGGGUGCUGAAAUGCGAAUUGAGACGAGCCUGCAACGACCAGAAAUUACUGGAGUCUUGCGAGAGAUUAUCGCAAGGCCGUGGAAAUCUCACGCACGAUGUUGUCGUCAUAAAGGAAGCCCAUUAUGUUUUGUGGAGGCCGUAAAGGUGGCCCUGAACAACCAGGGCAGAAAAUGCGAGGAAUCAUGUACAUCGGUAUGGCGUUUGGAUCGUGCUGCAAAACGAAAUUGCCAACUGCAAAUGAUUGGAGCUGCGCAAGAAAUUAUGGAAACGAACCAGGAGUUAGAGAUCUUACAAGAAUUAAGGAUAGAGGAACUUCGUGAUGCUGCAAAAUGA